GUCUCUUGUCAAGUUUUCAGUCAAUAGAACGUAUAUUUCGAAAGAAUAAUAUUGUGAAAAAGUUGAAUUUAUUAUGAGUAAAAAUGCUAAAAUAAUGGCGAAAUAGUUAGUGCGAACCAUACUAUUAUUAAAUAAGCGAGCAUAAAUACCGGUAUUUAUAAGUCGUGAAACAAGACCGCUAAAAUGUUUUCAACCAAAACAUUGUCGAUAAAUAAUUUAAUAUUAGCGCGUGUUUCGGCUCAUGUAAGGAAUGUGUCCAGUGCACGAAUGUUUAGUGAUAAUACACACAAGGAGCAUAAAGGAAAAUACGAUGUCAUCAUUGCCGGUGGAGGCAUGGUUGGGUGCACCCUAGCCUGUGCUAUGGGUAAAAACUCAUUACUUUCAAAUUUAAAAGUCCUCCUGCUCGAAGGUAGUGCGGAUAAAAAGUUUGUAUUGACACAAGAGUAUAGCAACAGAGUUGUAGCUUUAAGCCAAAACACUAAGUCACUUAUGAGCUCAUUAGAUGUCUGGCAGAAUGUUGAGAAUAUGAGACAACAGCCUGUGAGGUAUAUGCAAGUGUGGGAUGCAUGUUCUGAAGCAUUCAUAUCAUUCAGCAGUUCGGAUAUAAUGGAUGAUGACGUCGCUUACAUUGUAGAGAAUGAUGUGCUCAUGGAGGCCAUCAACACAGAACUGAAGUCGAGUACAGUACGAAAUGUUGAUAUAGUCUACGGUGCUAAAAUAGAAGGAUAUGAAUUAUCAAAGGCUGGAGCGAACAUUGAAAAGAAGAGAAAUUUAGUCAAGAUGGAAAAUGGAGAUAGCUACAUUUGUGAUUUAUUGAUUGGAGCUGACGGAGCCAAUUCCAAAGUUCGCGAAGCGAUGGGAGUGCAGUACAUAUCCUGGAAUUACGAUCAGAUGGGCAUUGUCGCGACACUCCAUUUGGCUGAGGAGAGUGAGAACACGACAGCAUGGCAGCGGUUCUUACCAACGGGACCUGUGGCGCUAUUACCGCUGGACUCCAAACGCAGCUCGCUCGUGUGGUCGAUGACAAAAGCCCAAUCUAAAGAACUGCUCAGUUUACCAGAGGAGAGUUUCGUGGACGCAUUGAACGAUGCGCUGUGGAAAGAAUACCCUCGCAGCAGUGCAGUGGACGCGUGUGUGUCGUGGGUGGGCUCAGUGCUGAAGCAAGUUGGUUUGCCGGACGGAGCCCAAAGGCAGUUACCGCCGAGUGUGCGCGCCAUCGCCCCCGGCUCGCGGGCCGCCUUCCCCCUUGGCUUCGGCCACAGCACCAAAUACGUGGCUCCCGGAGUCGCGCUCAUUGGGGAUGCCGCUCAUCGAGUUCAUCCCUUGGCAGGCCAGGGGGUGAACCUGGGCUUCGGAGACAUAAAGGACCUCACGCAAUUCCUGUCGGAUGCUCUUUACACUGGAUUAGAUUUAACGCACUCCAGCUCAUUAGAGAAGUAUGAGAGCUCUAGGCAGAGACACAACGUGCCAACGCAGCUGGCCGUGGACGCCUUGUACCGGUUGUACGGACAAGAGUUACCGCCCUUCGUUCUAGCGCGCAGCGUCGGCCUGCAGAUCACCAACGCCCUACAUCCCAUAAAGAGAUUGUUAAUGUCCCACGCAACGACCUAAACAUUGUGGAAGACGGACUGAGUGUUUUCAGUAUGUGUGCUAGGUAUUAUAAUUAUUAGAAGUGUAAAUAUGUUAUUUGUUCACAAAUAAAUGAUUGUUUU